UAUAUACUCCAUAUGUAUAUGUGUUUUGCGUGUGUAUAACACAGAGAACCCAUCUGUUUCUGCAGUCAACGGCCAUGGCGGUGACAAAAGUCGAGAAAUCUGAGGAGGAAUGGAGGGCCAUUCUCUCACCCGAACAGUUCCGGAUCCUCCGAGAAAAGGGCACCGAAUUGCGUGGAACUGGAGAAUACAACAAGUUUUAUGAGGAAGGGAUUUACAAUUGUGCUGGUUGCAAGACCCCUCUCUAUAAAUCUACAACCAAGUUCGACUCUGGUUGUGGUUGGCCUGCCUUUUAUGAGGGUUUCCCAGGGGCAAUUACCCGCACUCCGGACCCCGAUGGCAGGAGGACUGAAAUCACCUGUACUGCCUGUGGUGGACACCUCGGCCAUGUCUUCAAAGGCGAAGGGUUCAAAACACCAACAGACGAACGCCACUGCGUGAACAGUGUCUCAAUCAAGUUUGUUCCUCCAAAUUCUUCAGCAGACCAGUGAAAUUGGAGGCGGCUGUAGUGCAAGACCAC